AUGGCCUGUUUGGAUGGAGGGGUUAAAAUCAUUACCCCAAUUGAGCUGAUCAAGAAAGGAGAUAAAGUGGGUUCCUCUGAGGCUGCCCUCCUGACUAAACUUGGGAUAAGGCCCUUCUCAUACGGGCUUGCGGUUCUCUCUGUCUAUGACAAUGGAUCUGUCUUAAGCCCAGAGGUGCUCAACCUCACUAAGGAUGACCUCGUUGACAACUUUGCAGCUGGUGUUUCUAUGGUUGCUUCGAUGUCCUUGGCUCUCUCUUACCUAACUCUUGCAGUUGCGCCUCACAUGUUCAUGAAUUCCUACAAGAAUUUUCUAGACAACUGA